UCCUAUCCCGAAAAUAUUAGGGUGCCUGUGCCCUGGAUUACGGCGGAUUAAUUUUAGAUGUGUAUGGAGGAACAGUGGGAAUGGAGGCUCAGGCUGCAGAGGGGACCCCGCAACCCUCAAUGUGCAUCCAUGUGCAGCUGCAAGGGGGGGCUCCGUGGGGGUUUACUCUAACUGGAGGGCUGGAACAUGGGGAGCCCCUCAUUAUCUCAAAGAUUGAAGAUGGAGGGAAGGCAUCUUUGUGCGGGAAGAUGGAAGUGGGAGAUGAGCUGGUGAACAUUAAUGGAACUCCAUUAUACGGUUCUCGCCAAGAAGCCCUUAUCCUGAUCAAAGGCUCAUACAGGAUUCUCAAGAUGAUCGUUAGAAGGAGGAACAUUUCCAUAGUCAGACCCCACUCAUGGCACCUUGCAAAGUUGUCCGAAGUGCACCCAGAUGUGGCCAGCAUGCAAUAUCCAACUGAUGCUUUCAGUUUGUCCUGGCACUCAGGCUGUGAGAACAGCGAGCUUCCUAUGCAAUGGAAUCCUCUUUCUCGACACUGCAGUACAGACAAAAGCAGCUCCAUUGGUAGCAUGGAGAGUCUGGACCAACCUGGACAGAAUUAUUACGAGGGGGCUCUGUCACCCAUUGACCCUGGUAUGUAUCAAAACAAGAGGGAUUCUGCAUACAGCUCCUUCUCUGCCAGCUCCAACGCAUCAGAUUAUACAAUGUCUGCAAGAACAGAGGAGACUUCUCCCAUAGACUGUAUGCUGCAAGUAAUGGGCCCUUUAAAACAAAGUGAUGGGAGGUAUCUCCAGACUGGCCAUGGUGCUAUAGAUGCCCAAGAGGAGAACUCUACCCGAAGCUUAGUUGAACAUCCGCAAAGACCUUCAUCAUUCCCUUAUGAUACAAACCAUAUGAGCAUAAUUAAAUCUCCUCCUCAGCCACCUGUCCGAAGGGACAGCCUACGUGCCUCCAAAGCCCAAAUCGGCCAUGUAGAAAGGAGAAGAGCUUCAGCUCCUGGGGACUCCAUGCAUAUGUCAGGAAGGUGGACUACAGAUUCCCAAUCUAACAAGACCUCUGAUAAAGUGCAAUGCCAGUGUGAGCGGGGUCUUUGCACUGUGCACCUGAAAGAAACAUUGUCUUCUGAUCAGUAUUAUAUGUUAAGUUCACAGACUGAAAGAGACCUUAAAAACGGUGAACAUAUGCCUGUAAGUGACAAGGAGAACUGGUUUAGAGAUAAUGAAGGCCCUCAGAGGUUAGAACAUGAGGGAGUAAUCGAGCUCACCUGCUUCAGUGCUGAAAAUGUCAAAGACAGUUAUUCAAAACAUGUAUCUCAUAAUCGGCAUAGGAAGUCUCCUUGUCCAUCUUCUUCAUGUAGUGAAGACUUCAAUAGGUGGACUAGAUCUUCAACUCAGUCUAAUAACCAGCAUCAGGCAGAGCAACUCAGCGGGGAAUGUGCCAAAGAACACAUGUGCAAUAACCUCAGGGAUUUACAAGUAGACAUGUUACAAGAGGGGCUGGGCAAUGAGCAUCUUCAUAGUGCAAACACAGGACUGUCUACAAACCGGCACUGUGCUACAUUUGAAAGGUCAAUUCUUGAGCCAAAUACAGAUCGGGACACACAGACUGUUAAAUUGCCAAAUGAUUCCGGAGUUAUAGUAUCUUCUUGCAGCACGGAAACAUUGCUAGAUGGAGGCAGGGUACAAGAAGAGAGCCAGAUGCCAACAAAGAAGUCUGGAUCAUCCCGUAAUCGUUCAGCCCAAAUGAGAAGGAAGAGUGACAGAUUUGCCACAAACCUCAGAAAUGAGAUACAAAGAAGAAAGGCUCAACUGCAAAAAAGCAAUGGGUCUUCAAUGCUGCUGUCUGAAGAGGAACCUGUGGAGGAGAAGGAGGAUCAAACUAACUAUCAUUCUCCUCCAAGGCCUGUUCCUCCUCCACCUCCUCCUAAGAACAAGUCACGGCUGCUAGAAAUUAAGAGAGCAAAUGCUGAACUCUUUAGAAAACCCACAAAAUGCUUGAAUCAGGAGCCAAAAGACCAUAAAGUAAAAAAUGAGGAAAAUCGCAUCCAGAAGGACCCAGUGGAAAACAUGUUGGAUGUGAGGGAAGAUAAUCCAACUGGGGGUGGAAGAUCUAGAAACUCUGCUGUUACUAAAAUUCAGAAAAAUGUUUGGAGAGCAGAUUCCAAAGAGUGUCUUCUCCAAGAGUCUGUUAAUCUUCAAGCCAGGGAGAGGGUGGACAACUUGAAAAGCAGUGAAUGUAUGCCUGUAAACCUAAACAAGGACAAUAAAGAGAGAAUAAACAUGUUGCCCAACACUGAAAGCUGCAAGGAAGAGUGGAGGGCCAUUACACCAGAAAUAAUAAAAAUGAAGAGCCAAGACCACUGGGAUAGUGACCAGGGAAGUGUGACUGAGUGCAUACCACCAAAUUUAAAAUGGAAUGAAGACCAGAGAGCAUCUCCACAUGCAAAUGUAAAGGUUUCAAAUGAAGUUUGGGGUGGAGGCUCAAUCCAGGACAAACCUAACUUUGAAUCUCAAAAUUAUGAUAUCCAAAAAAACAGCUGUGAAGGAACUACUCACUGCAAACCUCAAGUAUUUAAUUCAGAGGCUAAAUGGAAUGGUUUUCACACUAGCAGGGAAACACCCUUUUCAGAUGAGUCUUGUAUUGUUGAUUGGGGAGCAGAUUCAAAGGAGAACAUAGACCAGGAGCUAAGGAGUCCAGAGGGAAGGUUGCAUGAUGAGGGUAUGUCCUGUGAUAGCCCCUCUUUAACCCAGUGGAGGUCUCUAAGCUCCUCUUCUGAUUUUGAUGACCAUAUUGCCCAGCAGAUGCCUCAUGGAGGAAGGUGGAAAUGGUCUCCAGAGCACAAACUUCAGCCUCAUACUUAUUUGCAAAAGGAAAGCCCUCCUGAACUAACUCGAAUGAAUAUUGAAAACGCCAUUCCUCCCAUCAGAAGGGUAACUGAAGAAAAUAUACUUCUGCCUUUUGCUGAUCGUCGGAGAUUUUUUGAAGAUAGUAGCAGCAAGAUACCCUCUGCUUCCCACAUCCCUGUAUAUGCUAAAUCAAGUAAAAACCACUUCCGUCCAAGCUUGCCUGACCCACCAGUCUUACAUAUGGUGAAUUCCAAUCUAAGAAGACGUUCUGUGGACCAUACACACCAUCCAUCCUCCCCCAGCAGCCAAGGUAAUCCUAUUUCUCAUUCUGAGUGCUGUGUGGGUCACUCUGUGGAACCUACCAUAUGUUGUAAUGCAGUUGGACAUUCUGCAGACUAUAUGCACCCUGUGUCAUAUGGAUGUGGAGUUCAUGAUUCUUGCAUCUAUUGCCCCAACGACCUUUGCCCAGUCAUGCUGAAAAGAAAUAUACCUUCCAAUUAUAUAAGCUGCCACUGCCGGCACCACCACCACCACCAAUGGACAAGAUGUGGUGACUGCUUGUGUCCUGCCCAGCAUAGCCUUUUGGAAGAUAGUGGCUCCAUGCACAGCGACCCUUGGCACUUGAGAAAAACUGUUUUACAGGAAGUACCAAUGAAGGAAUGGUCCCAGCAGCUGAAGAUCAACAGGAAAUGCAGCCAGUCAGUGAGUGAAUUGUCUCACUAUAAACCUGGCUUCCAUCAUUCUGGUCAGUUCAGACCAUGCUGUGACUCCGGUGACCAAGAAUGGCCACCCUGCUACAAAUCCGCAUCAACAUAUGAUCUCUCAUGCGACCAUCAUCUCAGACAAGUGGAGGCAUCAUCUUUUCAGGAUAGGCCACAUGACCCAGGCCUUGUACGUGGAAGAGCCUACUCUGUAAGCCAGCUGAAUUUAGAUUGUCUUGCUUUAAGGGACAGGAGGGAGGCUCCCCUUGCCAAGGUAGAGGAGAGGGAGUCACCAGCUCCACCAAAGAAACAGGGACCUCCUCGGCCGCCACCUCCUGACUGGGGCAAAUACAAGCAGCGCCGGGCAUCCCAUCAGGCCACAAACACUGGUCUUGCAUGCAGUAGAGAGGAAAAUGUACCACCUGGUCUUAUGAGUAUAGAGGUUGCGAGGCAACGUUCUCAAAGCCUCCCCAUGGACAGAGUUUUCAUGAAUAUGCAGGCAGUCUCUCUCCCUUCAUCUCCUGGCAGGUCAAACGGUCAAGAUUGUAGCCCGAGGUCGUCCACAUCAGAGCAUUCUCAACAUGGGAAGGAAGAUCUUACCAUUGAUGCUUCCUCAAGUUACAAUGGCAUAAGGUUGUCGGCCUGCUCUGAGAAUUCAAGAUCACCAAGUGUCACAUCCCCAGCCAGGUCACAGCCAGGUCACUCGCUGCCCUCUGACCCCAUUCCAGCUUUCCAAGGGCAGACUGUUUCACCAGACAGAGCUGCAGGCAUCAAUAAUGUGGAGGAGCAGCAAGAGUCUUCUGAAGACAACACAGAAGACAGAGCCUUCCAUUCAGUCUCCCCUUCAUUGGCAUCCAGCACCCCAGCCCUUCCUGAACGCAACCCCUCUACAACCUCUUUAGAUGCUUUUGAAGGUGGUGAUCGACGAUAUGAAGACGAAUGGUCAACAGACAGAGAGUCUGAAAUCUCUAUCCCUGACAGGUAUGAGUUCCAACCUAUUUCCCCCCCUCCAAUUUGUGGAGCUGUCAGCCCUACUUCCUGUGCUGCCUACUACAACACAUCAGCUGCCAAGGCGGAACUUCUGAAUAAGAUGAAAGAUCUACCUGGGGUGCAGGAGGAAAGAGGAAAUAUAGUAGGAGAAGUGGAGGAAGAGGAGGAUGAGCUAUCCAUCAAGAAAAUGCAGCUCAUAGACAGCAUCAGCAGAAAGCUAUCUGUCCUCCACGAAGCCCAGCAGGGCCUCCAGGAAGAUAUUAAUGCAAAUUCUAUGCUAGGCAGUGAAGUGGGGGAACUUCUUAAGAGUGUCUGCAAACCAAAUGAGUAUGAUAAGUUCCGGACGUUUAUAGGUGAUCUGGACAAAGUGGUUAAUCUGCUACUAUCUCUUUCUGGGCGCCUGGCUAGGGUGGAGAGCGCAUUAAGCAGCGAGGACCCUGAACCUUCAGUAGAAGAAAAGCUGAGCCUCCAGGAAAAGAAGAAACAGCUGACUGACCAGUUAGAAGAUGCCAAAGAACUUAGAGCGCAUGUCAAUCGAAGGGAGCAGACGGUUCUGGAGAAUGUGUCACGGUACCUGAGUGAGGAGCAACUCCAGGACUACCAGCACUAUGUUAAGAUGACAUCUGCUCUCAUAGUAGAGCAACGUGAACUUGAGGACAAGAUACGGCUGGGGGAGGAGCAGUUGAGGUGUCUGAGAGAAAGUCUGUAGGUUAAUCAGCAACCAAAGAAGAGUUCUGUGAGAUCUUCCAAUCUGAGAUGUCUAUUUAAAUGGCUUUUUUAAUUUUUAAGCAAGGCAUUAUCCACUUAAAAGAGAUUUUCAGUCAACCAAAUAAUAUUGCUUGGGCAUAAAUAUAUAAUAAGAAUUAUUUUGAACUAGAAGUUCCUGAGUGAAACCCUCAUGUGUUUCCAUCUGUUCAAUUCCUCUGAGUUUGUGAGUUUUAACCCAUAACUCCUUACUCAAUACAUUUAUUUUAAGCUGUGACCCACAGAUGGUUAAUCAACAAAAUAAUGGUGAUUGAAGUGGGGAACAGUGUAUAUGAAGGCUUCGUUUUUUAACUGGAAAUUACUGCCUCUCUAAUUAUUUUCCAUCUAUAAUUUUCGGGAGCCCAGGUCAUAAAAUUACUUGGAGAUGAAGGUUGAUACAGUGUGCUGUUGUCUGAGGAAAUAUACUGAGGCUUUUUGCAACUGGAAUCUCAUAAAAAGCAUCCAAUGCACUCUAAAGAGUUUUAACAUAAUGCACUCCACUGCACAGUCUUAACAUUUCUUUUAUAACAUAAAUCCUCUGUGUUGUCACCCCUUCAACGGGGUGUAAGGGAACUGUUUUCUACAUGCAAUCCUCUGCAGUGCACCCACUCUAUGUCAAAGACAAACAUUCCUAUAAGUUUGUUCUUUCUAUCUUUGCAUUAUGCAAAUCCAACAUGGACAUUUUAUAGUUCCUUUGGAAAAAAAAAUGUAAUCAGAAGGAAAGUCUACAAAGAUGUAGCACUUCUUGGUGGGUCAGAUGGAAGAGCAGAGUUUCGAGGGGACUAUAUAGUGAUGUUAUCUUGAGCUGUUUGGGCUUUUCCACAAUUCUCUGUCUACAGAUGAUGGCUACAAAAUUGGAUCAUUCAGCUGAACUCUAAAUGGAUGAUGCACUACAACUUUAUUACCUCCGUUGGAGGCUAUAUAAGUGCCUUAUAAUGGAACUGUUUUAUAUGGUAAUGAUGCGAAUAUAGAUCUGAUCAAGAUAUUCCCUCCACAAUUUUUUUUUUUUAAUUAUGUAAGAUCUCCCCCAAAUCCUGAGUUAUCAUUUCUAUUUUACCAAAGAUACAUUACAGUUAGAACGUAAUUGUAAUAACCGUGUAUGUAACUAUGUUUAAUCAGAAGUGAGCAAGGUCUAAUCUUUUAAUUUUUUAUUUUUUUAAGAUUUUUGAACUGAUAGCACCCCAUUGUGUCAGUUGAUUUUCUUUUUUACUACACAUAACCAUUCUAUAACUUAUAUUGCUCCAUUAUACCUCAUAAUAUAUCCGUCUUGCAUUUAAAUUAAUCCUCCAUAUAAUGACCAUGUUGCUCCAGAUUGCAUUCCUAUAAUUCCAUAUUUACUUGAUAUUAUUGCCUCUCCCUAUAGCUACCUAUUGUCAAUAACCUCCAAUAUAUCUAUUUAUUGCUUCUCAUAAACCCAGCUCAUAACAAUUCCUAUUAACCCAAAUUGCCACAAAUGUUGUUUAACAUAAUCCCUUAAUAUAACUUCUAUUUCACUGACACACUGGGGCGAUGUAAAUGCUUAUUGACACAGACCAACGUCAGAAGUGCCCUUUAACCUGUGACACUAAAAUAUUUUCAUUCUUCUGGUGUCAGAGAAGAGGUUUUAGGGCUAAAAUCGAAGACACUUUUAAGAGAACAGAUUGAAAUAUUUUUUUAUGGUUUUUUUUUUUUUGUUUUAAAGAAAGAGGGAUAUUGCUUUUAAAAGGGAAAAAAGAAAGGUCUGUUAUGAAUACUCAGGAACAGUUAAAAGAAAACCAAAUAUAUCUUGGUAACCAGAUUUAAAAAAUGAAGCCAAAUGUUUUCUGUAAUUAAGAAAAUGUUUAAUUUUUGCACAUUGAUGUUAACCCCUUCACUGCUACAUUUUUUAGUUGUUGUUAUUUUUGUUUCUUUAAUAGUUGGACCAAUUUUUUUUAUACUGUGAUAUUCUAUAAUGCACAAGAAUUUGCAGUGGAUCUCAACAUACUGUCCUGUCUGCAAUAGGCAUCUACAAUUCAUAAUUUUGAAUCUUUAAUUUUUAAAAUAAUUUUAAGUACACAUUUUUUACUUGCUGUUGUUUCCCGUAUUUUCUGCUAUGUAAAAAAAAGUUUAUCAAUAAGUUAAUUUUUAUAGUAAAAUGAAAGUUUGGACAGCACAAGGGGAUAUGUAGGGAGGGGUACAAGAUGGUCAGUCGCACACAGGAACAAAGUGACGUAAUGACAAUGUUAUAUGGUCAGUGACACAUUGUAAACCUCUCAUCAAUAUAAAGACCAGUAUUUUCAGCUGUGAAGGGGUUGACAGUUCAUUGUCUCAACUUUGUAACCUAUUCUGUAUUAUUUUCGGAAAGCAAAAGAAAAAAAAAAAAGUGUUAAUAUUUUUGUUUUCAAAUGUAAAUCUGUGUAUUGCAAUUCUUUUAAUAUUAUUUUCGGGAGACUGUUCUCCACUUUAUAAUGUGGGCAUACCUUUUUGUGCCUCCCUCUGCACUACAGUAAAUAUAAUGGUGCUAACAA